UACGGCAGCCGAGAUGAACGGGUCAGCUGCUCUAAUGUGUCUUCUUUUAAUCUCAUGGAGCCACCAUGCGUCUUCCAAGAGCGAAAUUCGUAAAUUUCCGCCAGGCUUCCAAUUUGGGGCCGCUACAGCGGCCUACCAAGUCGAAGGCGGUUGGGAUGAAGAUGGCAAAGGCGUAUCCAUAUGGGAUGUAGCGACUCACAUGGACCCAUCCCCUAUUGAAGAUCAAAGCACUGGAGACAUCGCCGCCGAUUCCUACCACCACUACCAACGAGACGUCGAAAUGGCUAAAGAACUUGGCCUAGAUUUCUACCGAUUCUCCAUAUCCUGGACUAGAAUUCUGCCCAACGGAUUCCCAAACAAAAUCAACCACCUUGGCAUCAAUUACUAUAACAACAUAAUCAAUAAAUUGCUCGAGAAUAACAUACAACCUUUAGUGACCAUGUAUCAUUGGGAUCUUCCUGAAAACUUGCAACAGCUAGGUGGAUGGACGAACUCCCUUGUUGUGACCUGGUUUCACGAUUACGCGAAAGUCCUUUUCGAUAAGUUCGGAGACAGGGUUAAAAGGUGGAUAACUAUUAAUGAACCGAAGCAGAUUUGCUACGAAGGCUACGGCAGCGAUGGAAAAGCGCCUUUUCUGAACGCUACCGGAGUAGGAGAUUAUAUGUGCUCGAAGAAUGUAUUGCUGGCGCAUGCGAAAGUCUAUCAUUUAUAUCAUGACAAGUACAGAACGGAGCAGAACGGUACCAUUGGUAUUUCUAUAAGCUGCACGUGGUUUGAGCCAAAUACAGAUACUUUGGAUGAUGAUCAGGCAGCGUUUGAUGCUAGGCAGUUCGACUGGGGCCAAUACGCGCAUCCAAUCUUCUCAAAAGCCGGCGACUACCCGCAAGAGCUGAAGCACAACGUGGCCUACAAGAGCGCUGAGCAGGGCUUCGCUCGCUCCCGCCUUCAGGAGCUCUCGGCCAAAGAGGUGGCCUACAUUCGCGGCUCUUCAGACUUCUUCGGGGUUAAUUCGUACACGACCAAGAUGGCGUACAGAGACGCGUCGCUGGACGGCAUGUAUGCUUCACCGUCGUAUAUGGACGACAUGGGAGUGGCGCUCGUUAAGGAUCACUCGUGGACGCAAGCGCAGUCUAGUUGGUUGCAGAUGGUCCCCUGGGGCUUCUACAAAUUACUAAUCGACAUAAAGAACCAAUACGACAACCCAACAGUGGUGAUAACUGAGAACGGCUGGUCGACGGGCCGUGGGCUACUGGACGAAUCAAGAAUACAGUAUCACAGGAGUUACCUGAAUAUGCUUCUGGAUGCUAUAGACGAAGGCUGUGACGUGCAGGGAUACACUGCUUGGAGUCUUAUGGAUAACUUUGAGUGGAAACAUGGAUACAAGGAAAAAUUCGGGUUAUACGAGGUAGACUUCCAGAGCAACGGCCUCACCAGGACUCCGAGGAAGUCCGCCUUCAUCUACAAGGAGAUCGUCAAGGCGAGGGCCCUGGACCCCAACUUCGAGCCCGAUAGGCUGCCGGAGAUUGCGCCACUCACCACCAGCCAAGAAACAUGAGGAU